UGUGUGUUUAUUCUCACUGGCCUGUCACUCUGAGACAUAUUAUUACAGUAAGUGUAGGGUUUAAAUGACCUGCCAAUCACUGACCCUUUGGUUUCAGAGAAGGAGAAUCUCUAUGGAGUGUGGAGUUGAGCGAGGACCUUCUGCAGCUCCUGUAAAUCAGAUUGGGGUAACUUUGAAUAUAAACACUAACAACUUAUUUGUCCAAACUGACCUCAAACAUUGCGUUUCCUACUUGACUUAAAAUGGUCCCUUUAGCUAAAAAGGUCACUUGUUUUGCCUCCACGUUGACCCUCAGACCAGUCACUCUUUCUUCUUCUCUUGAUAUUUUUCUGUUUCUUUAAUUUGGGCAAUUUGGGCACAAGACAGACAUUUAUCUGUGCAAACGAUAUGAUGAUUCUUACCCAUCCCACCAGGACUCUGAAUGCCCAUUGCUCCUACUGAGCUCCUGCCUGUCUGACAUGUUAGAGACACCUCACGGCAAACAAAGAGGCGCAGAGAGGAAUGAGAAUGAGCUGAGUCCUCCCCUUUCCUCUUUCUUUCCUUCCAGCAUUGCACAAUUUCCUACUCUCUGACUCUGAUCUACCAGUUACAUCUUUCCUACCCCUGGUCAUUGUGUCUACAACCAACCCUGUCACAGCUCCUUCUCCCACAGCCCUCUAGUUGUACCACAUCCAGCCAGCAACUUUCCCUUCACAGUCAGAUGGACCGACAAAGCACUCACAUAUUCCAACUCUGCAUGGGAUUCUGGAUUCUAAUGUUCUCAGGUUGGGCAGCUGGCAAUGACCCUGAGUAUGUGGCACUGAGUAACUCAGUUCUGAUUAAUAUCCCCAGCUAUUCCAAUGCUGAGAAUGACCAGGUGACCUGGAAAGAUGGAAAUGGAACCCUAAUGGAGAGAUUCAGGAAAUCAUCCUCGUAUUAUCAGACAAAGGGAUAUGAGUGUGAGCUCUUCAGGAAAGGCUCCCUGUAUCUUAAGCAGCUGGGCAAGGUGGGAGAUGAGACCUACAGGGUGGAAGUGUACAACCAGAAUGGGAAACAAAUCACUGAUACCACCAUCCUAGUGACUGUGAUUGAGAGAGUGAGAAGUCCGAUACUGAACUAUACCUGUGCAGGGAAGCAAAUAAACCUAAGCUGUGAUGUGCCAGAGGGGCCCACUACCACCAGUAUGAAGAUCUCAUGGAAUAACAAGGAGAGGAAGAGGCUUCUAUCUGUUCUGAGAGGCAACCUCAUGUUCAAGAACGCCAGCUUCCAACUCCUCUUACACAGCAUGAUACUCAAAUGCUGGACCGGCCUCCAGCAGACAUCCCAGACCACAACCAGGGACCAAAGAUCCAACCACAUGGGCCCCAAAUCCCAAACUGCCCACCAACUCAGCCAGAGAGCAGCACAUUCCAAGCAAAGAGGAGCAAAGUUUCCAGACCAAGCCUCCCAGAAACAACAAACACCAUCUCAGCCUCAAAGGCCUCCAGUACCUGCCAACCACCCUUGUGAUCAACUGCCCUACCCACAACCUCCAUAAAAUUAUGGAGCCAUGACAGAGAGAAGUCAGUAUUGUUUUUGACCCAUAUCAUAUGUGACAAUGAGCAGACACUAUGGCUAUGGCUUCAUGAGGCAGAAAAGAGGACGCAUGGUUAGGAACUGAUGGGGAGGAGCUAACUUUGCUAUUGGGUUAUGUUUGCUGGACAUUUUUAUGUCUUCACCGAACAGGAAGGAGAAUAUGGAUUUCUGGUACAAGGGAAGCUUAAUUGCUAUGAAACAUGGGAUGGGAAAGACAUAAAAUGGCUGUGGACUCAUGGGGGUCUGAGAAAGCCAAAAUAGUUAUACAAUCAUUUCAAUAGGAUGGUGGUAUCUUGGCUAUGGAAGUAUGGGAAUGGGAAUAUUGACUUGUAGCUAUUAAAAAUAGGCAACAUAGCUCACAAUUAUGGGAGACACCAACAUGGAUUUGUUCUGGAAAGGGGAAACAGGAGCCACUGAGCUGGUGCUUAACACUUGGGAAGCCACACACAGCAUGUAUUUGUAUCAGCACAACUAAUGUACUAACCAAUUGAUUUUCUCUCAAUACAUCAGGGAACCAAAUGCUAAUAAAAUGGUGGCAGACUUGGUGGCCUAUGAACCUACAGUAACUGUGACGCCCAGGAUUCCACACAAAAUGGCUGUGAGAGCUGAUAUAAUUUGGUACAUGGUGAGGUCCAAUGACAAGAAGGAGGACAAUAACUGGAACAUGGUUUUGAAGUUAAUUCUACAGGUUAAUAAGAUGGAGGAAAUUCUGAAGAAACCAAAAAGAGUAAUUUCCAUGCGAAGGGGCCCAGUUCAGCUUCAUUACAAAAUAUACUGGAGAAUAUACUGCAAGGUGCCUCAAGGGUUUAGGUUACAUACUUACCCAGGCACAACUGCAUUUAGGGGACAGACACCUCUCUUCUUUUAUGAGUUUACCAUUGGCCCUGAACCUGGAAAAACUCAGGGUCAUUCUGCAGAUUGCAAUGUAUUUUAAUUGAAAUCAACAGGUUGGUUAUUCAUGGCUGCAGUCUAACUACUGCAGCGGAACAUCAAUGUGUCUGUAUGCCUACUCUUUUAAAUUUUGUAUCUAAUAAAACUAUUGAUUUUUAACUUUGAA